GUGGCGGGGGGGAGCAGCAGCCCCAGUGGUGGCGGGGGCUGUAAGGGGGAGGCGGUGAAGCGGCAACACGGCCGCUCGGACCCGGCCGCGCGCUCUCCUCGCGGCUGCGCGGAGCCGGGGCCGCCGCCGCCCCCGCCACACACCAACCCCCGCGCGUUGCGGGGCGGAGCCGCGGGAAGGGGCGGCCGCGGCGGCCUCGGCGCGGAGCGAGGGGGGCUAAAGGGUGACCCCGGGGUUGUGUGUAUGUGUGUGUUCUCCCCACCAUCGCUGGCCUUCUGCCUGCCGCCCCCCGCGAGGCAUGAAACUGACCAAAGCCCAGUAUGAUGAAAUAGCCCAGUUCCUGGGGCAAGUGCAGCCCACCCGGCAGAGCCUGAGGAAGCUGAAGGAGAAGUUCCCUAGUCAAUCGCAGUCCACUCUGCUGAGCAUCUUCUCCCAGGAGUACCAGAAACAAAUCAAAAGAACACAUGCCAAGCAUCACACUGCUGAAGCUAUUGAAAUUUACUACCAAAGGUACCUGAAUGGGGUGAUGAAAAAUGCAGCUGCCCCUGUAUUACUGGACCUGGCCAAUGAGGUGGACUUUGCCCCAUCGUUGAUGGCUCGUAUUGUGUUAGAAAGAUUUCUACAAGAAAAAGAACAAGCCAUCCCCUCCAAAACUCUUAUAAAUACUAUGCUACGGGACCCAUCUCAGAUUCCAGAUGGAGUUUUAGCAAAUCAAGUCUAUCAGUGUACUGUGAAUGACUGUUGUUAUGGACCACUGGUGGACUGCAUCAAACAUGCUAUUGGGCAUGAGCAUGAAGUUUUGCUGCGAGAAAUGCUUUUGGAAAAAAAUCUCUCUUUCAUAGCUGAAGAUCAGCUUCGUGCAAAGGGUUAUGACAAAACACCAGACUUUAUUUUAGAAGUGCCAGUAGCUGUUGAAGGACACAUAAUUCACUGGAUUGAAAGCAAAGCCUCCUUUGGUGAUGAAAGUAGCCACCAAGCCUACUUGCAGGACCAGUUUUGGAGCUACUGGAACAGAUUUGGCCCUGGAUUAGUCAUCUACUGGUAUGGAUUUAUUGACGAGCUGGACUGCCAUCGCGAACGUGGUAUCCUGCUAAAAGACUGCUUUCCUACCGAUAUUGUGACUCUGCGGCACAGCAUGGCUCAACGCUGAUGUUGGGAGGAAGAGGGAAUCCACAUGUAGGAGUUUUUUUCUUAACUGACUUGAAGGAAGGAAUCUGUCUUGACCCCUGUAGAUACUGUAACAUGCAAUUUUCUGGCGUGCUGAAGUCCAAAAGAACAGCCUGCAGGAGAUCUUUAUGUGGGUUACUUCUGAAGAAGAUUACCAUCCUGGCGUUGGAAAAGGGAAGUAAAAUAAAAACAGAUAAACAGUUCUUCAUACUGGAUCAGUUCCACGAGACAAAUAAAGCGCACACAGGGACAUAAGUUUCCUGUGUACUUAUAUAAUCUUUUAAGAUCAUUGUUUUUCUGUUGUUGGAACCACUGAGAUUAGAUGUACAUUGAGGUGGCUGCUAGCUCCCCUUGAAGUUUUGAGUUCAAUCUCAUUCUAUUUCCAUCCUCAUCGCCACUCAGAGGGGCAGUAUUGGGCCUUAGAAGUUUCUUAAUGAUAGGAGUUUAUUGGACUUGCCACUCUUUAAUACUCUUUUCUUUGCUAAUUGGCAUUUAGGAAAAGACAAAAUAUUUUAAAAAGUCAAUGGCAGUUUUACGUGUAUGCUCACUGUGUUCAGAUUUUUCAGACAAGUUAAGCAGAAGUACAGAUUCUUUUGUAGAAUCAAAGGUGUGAUAACAGUUUUCCUAAAGCACAAGAUGAUAACCUCUUCCAUAAGGAAAGGGUCUUUAAAACGUUAUGGUGCAUAUUCAUCAUCUUUUUACAGUCAAGCUGAUACUUUGUGUGCCUGUAUGAUUUCAAAAAUCACAUGCAGACUUUUUACAGUCUUGCCUUAAGCUAAAAGAAAGGGUAUUAGUCCUAUUCCAUUUUUUCAGCUAUAGUUUUCAGAUGCAUGUGCAGUCUUUUUAUUUUGGAUUUUUAGUUUUCACUUUAACAAGUCUUGGUAAUUUUCAGACAGGAGCUCAUCUUUUUGACUAUUUAGUUUCCAGGAAAAGAUAUCUUCAGUCUCUUGGUAAUUUUCAGACAAGAGUUAAUCUUUUUGACUAUUUAGUUUUCAGGAAAAAAAAUAUCUUCAGUCUUUGUAGUCCUCUGUCUCUUACUGCAGAUGUAAGUUAGUAUAGCUCUACUACAGUGCAUUAGUGUUGCAUAGAGAGUAUUUUCAUGGGUUUGAAUGUGUUAUAGGGGGAAGAUUUAGUCAAAAAAAUAUUCAAACACCUGUAACUCAUUUAUGGUCAACUAUUUAAGGAAUUGUGCUUAGCUUGUUUUACCUGACCAGCUUUAAGGAUCUGCCCAUAAAGAUACAUGGAAGCAAUCGGCGAAGUGUACCUGCUCAAUGCUACAGAGAAGCUGCAUUGAGGGUGUCGCUGCCCCUGGGACUUCUGUCUGUGGAUUGGGUUAGUGGACUGUGUAAAAUCAAGAGAAUAAAAAAGAAAAAAUAACUGAAAGUUAUCGUAGUAGAAAAUUCAUAAGUAAUGAUCAUCUGAGUGAAAUGGGUUUUAAGGGCAAACUGAAUUUGUUUGAGCUAGUGCAUAUAAUUUCUGUUAUAUGAAAUCAUUUAAAUCAGCUUUUACAUGAUGCACUAAUGCUGCUUUUUCUUUUUGAAUAAAUUAAAUUUAUCUCCACAUAUGCUGAAAAUUCUGCUCAACCUCCAUCAAAGCUUUGCUUUAUUUGUUUUUACAUUAAACAAAUUUAUGUGGGGACACAGAGAUAAAUCAGGUUAGGCUUGUAUUUGUUUAUUUAUUCUUCUACCUAUUGCUGUGACUGAACAGGUUGGGAAGUAGUACAGCUAUCUUUAAUCAAAGCUGUGGCUUCAUCUUUAUAUAUUGUCCCCUUUAAGAAUCUUUGGAUUAGAGUAGGGAUGACAGAAGCCACAAAAGUGUACAUACUAUACUGAUUUCCUUACAUGUGAUCGAACAAUCUUUGCCACCAUAAAAAAUAUCCCAUGUGACUGUUUUAAAUGCUGAAAGCACAGCAUUAAAAAAAUUGAGACUACUUUGUUAUUCCUACUUAUAUAUUGAAAAAAACUCUCAUUUUUGUAUUGUCCCUGUUUAUUGGAUGCAAACAACUUAAAUAUUAAAGAGGAAAGACUACUGUUUGCUUGUGGACUGUUUGUUGAUUUUGUUUUCUCAAGCUAUGCUGUAACCAUUAGAACCUUAACAUUAAAGCCAAACUGAGUUUUAUGGAGUAUUCUGUAAAGUGUGCUAAUGAAUUAUGCCAAGCCAGAAAACAGAAGUGUGCAUAAAACUGAAUGAUGGUCUCACUGGCAUAUAUAGACUUGCCAAGCAUCUGCUCUUACAAGCACUGUCAUAAGGCCUGUUCUGAGCUUUAGGAAUUUACUUAAUUGUGUUGAACGGGGAAGUAAAACUUCUUGUACAGGAGGAACAGCGCAAUGAUGGGUC